CGUUAGACAACUGUACUAAAUUCGAUGGCAUGUCGAUUCUACAACGAGAAGCUUUGGCGAAGAAUCAACGUUUAUGUUUUAGAUCUUCAAGCAUCACCAAAUCACCAAAUAAGGUUUUGUCGGAAUGUUACGACGUGUAAGCAUUGCCAUGGAAGACAUCAUACGCUAUUGUGUAAACGAGCAGCUCAGGAGUCAGCAGAAAAGGUUUCACAGUCAACAGCAGCAGAGCAGGAAGCUGCGACGAUUAAUGAUACCACCCGAGCAUCCGGAGAACCACAAAGGAUGGUGUGGUUAUCGACGGCAGUAGUGUUGAUUCGCGGAAGCGAUGGAGAGGAGUUGCCAGCGAGAGCUUUGUUGGAUCAAGGAUCUCAAUCCAACUUUAUAACGGAACGGCUGGCCCAACAACUGAAACUAAAGAGAGUCCGAAUAUCGAGCCCUUUAUCUGGAAUAGACGACACCGUGCCUAUUGUUUCAUCCAGCAUGGUAGUUACCAGAAUAAGAUCGCGUGUGUCCGAAUUUCAAGUAUCACUGCAGUUUCUAGUGUUACUGCGAGUAACGUCCGACUAUCCAAGUCGUAUGGUAGAAGUGAAGCGGUGGAAUCUACCAUUAGGCAUACCUCUUGCAGACCCAGCCUUUAACAAACCAGAACGAAUAGACAUGCUGAUAGGAGCUAGAUUGUUUGCCGAUUUGCUACAAGAAGGAAGGAUUAAACUGGCUUCGUAUCUUCCCCAAUUGCUCGAAACCAGAUUGGGUUGGAUUGUCAGUGGAAGAUUAUCGAAGCCAACUAAGGAUGGUUUCAACGAAAGCAUCGUGGGUUGUGCGAUGGAUGAUAAUUUCAAUGCCGCAAUGGAGAGAUUGGUUCAGCUAGAAGAUAUACCGGAAGAGAAGCUGAUGUCUGAUGAAGAGCAACUUUGUGAGAGAUGGUAUGCAGAAACAACGCGUCGCAACGAGGAUGGAAGAUAUAUAGUGCAAUUACCGAAGGUGGCAGAUUACGAACGUGAAUUAGGCGAGUCAUAUGAAAUAUCUCUCAAACGAUUUGGAGCAGUUGAAAGAAGAAAGGAGAGAGAUGAAUGUCUACGUGAAGAGUACCAUAAGUUCAUGGAAGAGUACAUUCAGCUUGGUCAUAUGACGAGAAUAGCAGAUGAGAAGAAUGGAAACCAAGGUAUAAAAUACUAUUUACCUCAUCAUGCCGUAUUGAAGCUUGACAGCAGUACAACAAAAUGCAGAGUCGUGUUUGAUGGCUCAUGUAGAACAGACAGUGGAAAAUCGUUGAACGACAUCCUAUUGAUCGGGCCACAACUGCAGGAUGACAUUGUAUCUAUCAUGAUGCGUUUUAUAAGGUAGCCAUGGUAGCCGAUGUGGAGAAAAUUUACUGUCAGGUAUUAGUGGAGGAGAAGGAUAGAGACUUGCAGCGCAUUUUUUGGCGGUCUAACGAAGCAGAUCCUGUGAGCAUGUAUCGACUCAACACGGUUACGUAUGGUACAGCGUGUGCUCCGUAUUUGGCCAUACGAACUCUUCGGAGAGCAUUUGAGAACAGCAUGGGCAAAUUUCCGGAUGCAAUGAAAUGGUUUAACGACUUCUACGUGGAUGACCUCAUCUCAGGAGCUGAGUCAACGGAAAGAGCUCAAAGCAUUCGCGAGCAGGUGGUUGAACUGUUGGCUGGAGCGGGUUUUAAACUUCGGAAAUGGGCAUCAAAUAGCAGGACUGCGUUAGAUGGAAUUCCGGAAGAAGAUCGUGCCAAGCCAAUACAGACGUUGUAAGAGUACGUGCUCCUAAGAUCAUGGUUUCCGCUUCAUUGACAAAGAGAAAUGUAAUGGGAGCAAUUGCAAGGAUUUACGACCCUUUGGGAUUUGUGGACCCCGUUUAGAUGGUGGCAAAUAUCUUCAUGCAGCAACUCUGGAGACUGAAAUAUGUUAAUGGAAAUUCCUGGCCUUGGGACAAGGAACUACCGGAGAGUUUGUGCCGUGAAUGGAUGAAUCUGGCGAAUGAAUUUCAUGUGCUGCAAGACGUUAAGCUUCCAAGGUUGGUGUGUGCGAGCGAGGCAAUUCAGUAUCACAUAUUCUGUGAUGCUUCUGAAAAGCGAUAUAGAGCCUGUAUCUACGUGAGGAGCGAAUCGACAACGGGAGAAGUAAUAGUACAGCUGCUGAUUUCGCGAUCCAAGGUGGCACCAUUAGCAAAGCGGUUGACGAUUGCCAGACUGGAGUUGUGUGCAGCGUUGUUGGGAAGCCGAUUAUGGGAUUUCGUGAGGAAGGGACGAUUACGUGAAGGCCCUUGUUUCCUGUGGACUGACUCUAUGACAACGUGGCAUUGGAUUCAGUCCCCUCAUCAUCUUUGGAAGACGUUUGUCGGCAACCGCACGGCAAAGAUCAAGCUAUUGACCACUGCCUGUAUUUGGCGACAUGUUCCGGGUGUGGAGAAUACAGCCGAUUUGAUAUCGAGAGGUUGCGAGCCGAGUCGAUUAGUCGCUUCUGCGCUAUGGUGGUCGGGGCCAAAGUGGCUAUCGGAAGCUGGAGAUAAAUGGCCAGAAUUGCCCGAAGUAAGAGCAAUAACCACAGGCGAAGAACGUAAGGUGGAUUUAAUUGUCUCUUCAUGCAGUGAAGAGAAUUUCAUUGACUGGCUGUUCGAUCGCUUUUCAUCCUUUACCAAGCUUCGGCUCGUUGUGGGGUAUUGCCAGAGAUUCCUACAAGGCGUGCAAACGCGUUUAAAGAAGGAAGCAGAAACUUGAAUCUUCAGUUAUUAACCACGAUACGCUCUUUCUCACCACUGAAGAACGGCUGUGAUCAGAACGACUACUGUUUCGAUUAGCACAACUGCAGCGUUUCGAGAAGGAGAUCAAAUGUUUGGGGCAUGGGAAAGAAAUACCGCGAUCAUCCCCACUGAGAGGAUAUAAUCCGUUCAUCGACGCUGAAGGAAUCAUCAGGCUAAAGGGAAGGCUCCAAAACUCGCUAUUAGGCAUGGACGCAAACAAUCCUGUAGCUGUUCCCAAGGAUCAUGUGCUGGGAAAACUGUUGGCGAAACAUUAUCACCUUAAGCUCCUACAUACUGGUACACAAGCAACGUUAACAGCAAUAAGACAACGGUAUUGGUUACUUGGUGCAAAAUCUAUUGUGAAGCAAGUUUGUCAUAAAUGUGUGAGAUGCUUCAAAUGCAAGCCGAGGCAAGUGAACCAACCAAUGGCUGACCUUCCAGGGAAUCGAGUGACAGAGGCAUUCGCAAUAUCAGGAGUGGACUAUUGCGGUCCAGUUUGGAUCAAGGCCCAGCAUCGAAGAGGAGCUCCUACCAAAGCAUUUGUGGCAGUGUUUGUGUGCUUUGUGACUCGUGCCGUCCAUCUCGAAUUAGUGUCUGAUUUGAGUACUGCUGCGUUUUUGGCUGCUCUUCAAAGAUUUGUAGCGCGACGAGGUUUAGUAACGGAGUUGCAGUCGGACAACGGCACCAACUUCAAGGGGGCUGCAAACGAGCUACGUCAACUGUAUGAGCUUUUUCAAUCGCCGAAGCAGAAGGAGGAGAUUCAGUCUUGGAGCGCAGAAAACAGAAUUAGGUGGAAAUUCAUCCCACCUGGGGCCCCUCAUUUUGGAGGAUUGUGGGAAGCGGCCGUGAAGUCUAUGAAAUUUUACUAAGUUAGAGUUCUUGGGAAUGAUCCAGCAUCAUACGAAGACAUGACAACAGUUCCUGCGGAAAUAGAAUCGUGUUUGAACUCUAGGCCGAUCACACCAUUAUCGAGUGACCCUUCAGAUUAUGAAGCACUAACGCCAUUACAUUUUUUAACUGGAUCUCAUCUUCUUAAUAUCGAUUUGAAUCUUAAUUUUUGUUUUUUUUUUCAAAUUGUUUGCCUCAAGGGCUUUACAAAGUCAAUUUAUCUUAUAACUAAACAUACAUAACACGUAAGGAGGAUAUAGGGUGCAGACAGAGAUGGCUAGUGAGGAAAAGAAAAACAGAUUUUAGGAUAAAGAGGACAAAAGACGGGAGCGGAAACAAUUAAUGGAGAUAUUGUGGUCAAACAGAUCACCAACCGAAUUGAAUGCUAAUAACGCGCGCAUCCAUGGAUCGCUCUGGGAAAACCACGUACGACAAAAAGGGAUAAGCAGGGGAGGACGUACGCGUAAGCGAUGGGAGGGGACAUAUAAAGGGAUAGUUGCCACAAGGGCGGGGGAGUCAAUGUUGGAAAGCAGGAUGUUGGCAAUAAAUAACUUGCGAGCAUGACCAUGACGAUCCUCCAGCUUAACCAAACCCAGCAGCUGGCACCGCUCCGAAUAAGAAGCGGUGACACCAGCGGGGGACCAUACAACACUGGCGUACUCCAGGAUGGGACGCACCCAGCAACAAUACAGCGCUCUCAGGCAUAACGGGUCUCGAAUCUCAGUAGACAUACGAGAGAUUAGACCCAACACCUUGCUAGCCCGCUCAAGGACCGAGUUGAGAUGCGGCUCGAAGGACAAUUUGUCGUCCAGCCACACCCCAAGGUCCCUGACCAAGGAAACUCGCGGAAGUGUUGAGUCGUAGAGCCGAUACUGGUGUAAAUAUUUGGAAGAAGAGCGACCAAACGAAAUUACACAGCACUUCGAGACACAAAGAACGAGCCCGUUUGAUAUGCACUAGCCAGCGAAAGCAUCUAUGUGGGAUUGGAGGGAGCGGGAGUCGCGGGACGAAGACACAGGAAGAUAAAACUUGACAUCGUCGGCAUACAACAAACAACCGUUAGGGGGAAGCGAUUGAAUGCAAUCGGCGAUGAAGAGUGAAAACAAUAAAGGACUCAAGACACUACCCUGAGGAACCCCAGAUUUGCUGAUGAACGGGUCCGACAGAGCCCCAUCCACCCUUACCCUGUACGACCGGUCCUUCAAAAAGGAACAGAGCCAGAGAAGAAGGGCUCCACCGAAACCCAUUCGCUCGAGCUUUGCAUUAAGCAAUUGAUGCGACAAACAGUCGAACGCAGCUUUGAAAUCUGUGUAGAUGACGUCAACCUGCCUACCAGCGGCUGUGUGCGCAAACAGAUCGAUCAUCAACGACAUAAGGUUCGACAGGGUAGAGCGUCUCGGCACGAAACCGUGCUGGGAGGAUGGGAUUAACGGGGAAACAAUAGGAAGGAUAGAAGAGUAGAUCACAGACUCGAGGACUUUGGACGCUGCACAGAGGAUGGAGAUGCCUCGAUAAUUUAAGGGGGACGUCCGGCAACCUUUCUUAAAGACUGGGAUCAGCCAAGCUGAUCUCCAAAGAGAGGGAAAAACUCCUGUAUCAACCGACCUAGUGAAUAGGCGAAUCAACACAGGAGCAAUCGCCUCUCUAGCGUCAAUGAGUGCAGAAGAAGGGAUGCCGUCAGGACCAGGAGAGAAGGAGCGCUUAAGCUGACAAAGUGCAGUGAGCACCAUCUGCUCGUCGAUAUGCACCGAAUGAGCGUUAAUACAGUCCCGAGGAACACUCGAGAGCCCAGCCACAAGAGACGCAGUAGAGUGGGUCGGAUCAACAAAAAGACCAUCGAAGUGAUGCGCAAACAAAUUAGAUAUUUCCAACGGGGAGGAAGCAGAGCAAUCGCCCAAAGACAUAUUUGUUGGAAUACCGGAGGAUCCACGUUGUCUAUUGGCGUAUCUCCAGAAUGACCUAGGAUUUGUAUAAAGAUGGGAUUGAAUGCGCGCGUUAUGGGUACGAAGGCGGAUCCUGUUAUAACUGCGAUGAGCAGAUGCUGCGUAUUUGAAGACACGCAGGUGAAAAGUGGAGCGGUGCAUUCGAUACGCACGAAGCGCACGCUUAAGAUCCGCCUUAAGUGAACGAAGGUGUCUAUCUGACCACAAGGGAUUUGGAGGAGGGGUCCGAAAGGGACAACACUGGGAGAGGAAAGACAAAAUCACAGACGUAAACUUGGCUACAGCCUCGUCAAUACUAGGAGCAGCGUCCAGGGAGCUCCAGUCGUAUGUCGAGAUGAGACGAAUAAAUUUUCUGUUGUCGAGCUUCCUGAA